ACAACUUUACUCUCCACCACAGGCAGCGCCACCUCACAAUCAAUCAAGCAUAUGUGACGCAUUUUUUAAAAUAACGAUCUCUGCUGGUCGGACAUGGAAGAAAAGCGUGACAUCGUUCAAUAUGAACAACCACAGAUGCAUCUUGCUUUUGAGGAGGAUGAGGAUGUUACAUCCGAUAUGAUCCUGAGUGGAGCAGCGGGAACGUCUUUCGUACCGCCUAAAAGUAGGCGCCCCCGGCGUGCACGUACACCUCCUUUAAAAGAAAUGGAACCGUUGUUUGACAAGGUUCCCAAUUAUUUAAGAAUACUAUCUAAACCUACCGAAAGACUAAUGAUUGAAGCAAAAAUACCUGUUAUCGAAGAUAACGAUGUGCUUCUUGUGCAACGCGAUCCAUCACCAGAGCCGAUGGACUUACACAAUAAACUGCCGGCCUAUCAUUCUGAUUUUACAAAUAGUACAAAGUUUGACGAGUGCGACUUUGAUGACCCUAUUUCACUUCUCUCUUCAAGAUCUUCUUCACCAGAUCCUGGAUCUGCAAACAUAUCUCUAGUAGAUUCAUCUUUCGAACAGUGCAAUGACAAUAAUCCAUUAAGUCAAUCAUCGUCAUCGUCUAUUCACUCCAUAUCAAGGAGUAGUUCUUUACAGGUGGAAACUGAUUCUAACAGACAACCUGUUAAUGAAGAGCGUAAGAAAAAGAAACUGGAUCAAAUUAGAGAAAGACGAAUUGUAUACGUUGGAAGAUUACCAAGAACAUUCACGAAAAAAGAUUUGAGAAAGAACUUUGAACAGUUUGGAAAAAUUGAACGAUGUAGUAUUCAUAUACGGGAGUGCGGUGAUAACUAUGGCUUUGUGAUAUUCUUUUCAAGGGAGGCAGCAUUUAACGCUGUUGAGAAAGCCUCAAGUUGUGAAGGAAUGGAAAAAUUUGAUAUUUGCUUUGGGGGAAGAAGACAAUUUUGUACAGCAGAAUAUGCAGAUUUAGACGGUAAUAAAAAGGAAGAAGAAGAAAUGACUAAAGUCAAUUCAACCUAUCGUCAUACAUUGAAUACGAAUUCGGAAUUUGAUGCUUUGUUGCAAACUGCGCUAAGUAGGGCAAAGAAAAAGAAAUAG